ACGAAGUAACUGUUUUCCCUGGAUCGACCUCACCAAAUCAGACUCAAAAGCAUUUUCUGCAUCGCACUCUACCGAACCAUCCAAUUCUUCCCCAGUCCACUCUUUUCUCGCUUCAAUACCAUUACUCACCGUCUUUAAAUUAUCCGACGAUCUCCGUUCAGUUGUUACAGAGGUGCUUAAUAUGGCUUCAUUUAGAGCAUUCUUGAACAGUCCAGUUGGUCCAAAAACAACUCAUUUCUGGGGCCCUAUUGCCAACUGGGGAUUCGUAGUUGCUGGCUUGGUGGACAUGAACAAACCCCCAGAGAUGAUUUCUGGAAAUAUGACAGGAGCUAUGUGUGUUUAUUCAGCAUUGUUCAUGAGGUUUGCAUGGAUGGUACAACCUCGCAACUAUCUACUUCUAGCAUGCCAUGCUUCAAACGAGACUGUGCAACUCUAUCAACUCUCCCGUUGGGCAAAGGGCCAGGGGUACCUAUCGUCGGAGGCAGAUAAAAAAGAGAGAGGCUCAUCAGAGUAACUUAAUGCUGCUUCGUUUGCUGCCCUGUUCUACCGAGAUUCUUAUUUGGAUUUGUGGAGAAAAUGAUGUUAAUUUUGUCUGUUACUUUUUGAAAGAACUUGCAGUUCAUUUUAGUGGCAUAAUAAUGCGCUAGUUAAUGAAGUGAGGCUCGGCUUUUGUGAUGUGAUGCACCUGUCACUUAUUCUUUCAUAUGGUUAUAUGGAAUGAUAACCUAUGGGAAUGGUAUAAUAAACUGCAAUUCACGAU